CCGAGUGGACUGAACGCACACGCACACACGGAGCAGCGUGGACUACCAGCGCGCGGACGAGAACGGACGGAGGGGAAGAAGGUCCAGCUGCACCUGUCCUGCGCUGUCCGCGUCCCGCAGCCGCGCGCCCCUAUGUGCGGGUGGGACCAGAGUUACACGGUGACCUCUCAUAGCUCGGCCAUGUUGUCCAGUGAGGGGGCCCAGUCCAUGGAGCAGGAUGACGCACACCACGAGGCCAAGAUGUCCCCCACCGCCACUGCCACACCCGCGGCCACUGGCUCCGACGGACAUGAGCCAAUGACGGACUCUGAUGUUGACAUGGAUGUGGAAGAGGCUGACAUGACACACUGGACAGAGGCCGAGUUUGAGGAGAAAUGCACCUACAUUGUCAAAGAUACGGUGUUCGAGGCAGGACCAGACGGCAACGCCACGAUAACAACCAGAGCUGAGGCGUCUCUGCCCCGGAACCUCGUGUUUAAGCACCGGCCUGACAGAAAGGAGGUGGUGGGCGUGUGCAGCAGGGAGUACAUCCCAAAAGGAACUCGAUUUGGACCUUUGGUGGGUGAAAUCUACACGGCCGACAGCGUUCCCAAAGACGCCGACCGUCAGUACUUCUGGAGGAUCUAUGUGGACAAGGAAUUCCACCACUUUGUUGAUGGCCUGGAUGAAACGCGUUCUAACUGGAUGCGCUAUGUUAACCCUGCCCGUUCUGCAGCAGAGCAGAACCUGGCAGCAUGUCAGAACAGCAUGGAGAUUUACUUCUACACUGUGAAGCCCGUCCCAGCCGGUGCUGAGCUGCUCGUCUGGUACUGCUACGACUUUUCCCGGCGCCUCCACUACCCAUCAUCCGGAGAGCUGAUGAUGCAAAAACUCAAGCAGUCUCUCAUGGAGGCCAAGCAGCAGCAUGUGAGCAGUGAUGAGCAUUUGGCUGAAGUGUCAAGUCCAUCGCCAACCACGGUGACACCAACCCCUCCAAGGAGGGAACACAGUGUUCUUUCCAUCCUCCAUGGUACUGAGAGCACCUCCUCUUCUGCUAAGAAGGAGCCCAAUCGGCCGCUCCCGACUCGACCACGGUGCACAGACAGCCCUGAUCGCCCACUGUACCCCCGUGCUCUUUACCCAGCUCUCCGACCUCAUCCUCAUAUCCCAGAAGAUUUUCUCAACCUCAAUCCUGGCCAACUUUACCCCAUAACUCAUUCUCCUGGUAACCAUUCCUCUGCAACACCUAGCCCAUCAGCAAGGAGCAGCCCUGAAAGUAGUCCUCAGCAAAGUCCAUCUAGUCUGACGCCUUCUCCAGCUUCCUUCUACCCCACCGGGACGGGCUACUAUCCUGGCUACUCCCCACCAGCAGCACCCCUCUCCUCAACCUACUACCCUCCAGGAGCUCCCUACUCACGGUACCUCCUGCCCCACCCUUACCCACUGCCUAGCGGUGGCGUCCCCACUGUAGGGGGCAUGUUCCCUCGGAUGUACCCAAUAUACAGCAGCCUCCUGCCUUCUCACGUUCCUCUCAUGCCCUCAGACAGUGCAGGGAGGCGGUUCCUCAUGACUGACCCUGUCCACCCUUCCUCGCUCUCCACCCACAGAGACUUCCUUCUCCCUGGGCCCACCAGUGCCUUCUCAAUUGCAACGUCACUGAAGGACAAAACUGGAGCUCAUCACCCUUACCCUGGGCACAUUCACCCUCAAGGACCACCCCACAUACCCUCUAGCAGCUCCCCCACUGCAGGCACGGCACCUCCCAGCGAGCGGGUGCCCACCAAACCUACCUCAGCCCUUUUAGGCAGCACCAGUGAACAUCGCCCCAACGAGGAGGCCAUCAACCUUACCAAGAUAAAGCGUGGUGCAGGUUCAUCGGGCUACAAGGCCCUGCCUUACCCGCUGAAGAAGCAGAAUGGAAAAAUCAAGUAUGAAUGCAACGUGUGCAGCAAAACCUUUGGCCAGCUUUCAAACCUUAAGGUUCAUCUUCGUGUCCACAGUGGAGAAAGGCCCUUUAAAUGUCAGACCUGCAACAAAGGCUUCACCCAGUUGGCACAUUUGCAGAAGCACUACCUGGUCCAUACGGGGGAGAAGCCACAUGAAUGUCAGGUUUGUCACAAGCGCUUUAGCAGCACCAGCAAUCUAAAAACUCACCUUCGACUCCACUCGGGGGAGAAACCCUACCACUGCAAGCUCUGUCCAGCUAAAUUCACCCAGUUCGUCCACCUCAAGCUGCACAAGCGGCUUCACUCUCGCGAGCGCCCGCACAAAUGCCCCCACUGCCACCGGCACUACAUCCACCUGUGCAGUCUGCGGCUUCAUCUGAAGGGCUACUGCCUGACGGCUAACGCUGGCCGUGGCAGUCAAACCAGCCUGGAAGAGCUGCACCGUGCAAAUGAGGAGAUCGACCGCUUUGACAUCAGUGAGCAUGCCGAGAGGCUGGAGCAGCUGCAGGGAGGAGCGGAGAUGGAGGCCGUGCUGGAGAAACAGGUCUUGGGGAUGUUGUGGUUGGAUGGUGACCUUAAAGCCUCCCAGUUCCAUCCCCACUGCAAAGGCGGUCCUUCUGAACUCUUGUCCAUGGGUUAUGGUGCAUACGAGUCGCGGAAUAAGACAUCAGUGAUCAAAAUACGACGUAGCAGCCCUGUCCCACCACCACCUACCAGCAUCACAGUCAAGCAGGAGUCAGAGGAGCACGCUUAAGCUACCCAAGAACAUGAAAUCACAAGACUCAAAGCAGGCAAACGGGUUGCCAGGAGCAACAGCUGUAUAUAAAUAAUUCUCUACCUGGCAGUCAUUAACAGUGACACUAUGACAAUGCCAGGUUUUUUAACCUAUCAGGGACUUACGCACUCAGGGCUACAAGAGACACUGUCCCAAGACUACUUAGGGUUCACUGAUUAUUAUACUCAGACAAUCGUCUUCCAGGAUUUAUCUUUGGUGUAAUUAAUGCAAUGCUGUUCUCAUUAUUGUUGUUGUAUUAUUUGGUCUCUAUUUUCAAAUGUCUGUUUUGUUUUUUGAUCAAUUAGCUGUUAUAUAACAUCCCUAAUUUAUUAUACUUUUUUGUUCUUCUCUUCAGAAGCAAUAAGGAGAAGGUAUGGUUACACUGACGUGGUAAUGUUAACAUGAAAGACUAAAAAUGUUUUGAUUUUGUUUUUCUCUCUCUGGCCACUUCUCUGUAGAUAGUCUCUCACUUUCUGCCUAUAUCUGUCCUGUGACCGCUGACCUAUAGAAGCAGAGCUGUCCAGUUUGGGGGAUUUUAUCUAUUUAAUAUUAGAAAACAAUUUAGCAGGUUCAAAAAGGGCUGAAGAACUUUGUCCUGCCAAAGGAUGGCACAUAAGUUAUUUUGGGAAGAAGAGCUUUAUUUUGACCGUUAAUCCUGCUUCGUAGCUUCCCUAAAGUGUACCAGUCUCCUUUUCCAAAUGCCCACUUAAUUAAAAGGGCAUAUGUUUUGUGUUUUUUUUUUUUUUCUUUUCACAACAAUUACCUCAGUGUGCAUGUGAUGGCAUGAAUGUUUGUAUGUGUGUGUGCACGUUUUAAAGGGACAGCUGAAGGUGGGAGCUUUCUAUUUAUUUGCUAAUCGCUACUUGAAGAAGAAAAAAAAAACUGAACUGGAGUACAGCUCUUUUUGUGGUCCAAAGGAGCGGCAGCAACGUCUCCGCUCAGUGAACAUGUAGCACAUUUUAUUUUAUAACACCAUCAGAGUUCAACAGGGAAGACAUAGUAAAAAUCCUUAAGGUCAUGCACACAAUGCUAGUAACCAAAGUUCUUAGAAUUUCAGACCAAAAAAAACUAAAAAUGGAAACCAACACAACGGAAGGACAUGUGGAAUUGGAAUGCUGAAGAAGAGACGCUGUAGCAUGUGUAUAUGAUGAAGUGUUGAUUCUUUAGUUGUGGUGUCAUUUUUGCAGAUGUUUUUUUGUGUGUGUGUAUAUAUGUGUGUGUGUGUGUGUGUGUGUGUGUGUUUUGUUUAACUUUUGGUUGAACUAUUGGUCCCUUCUCCAACCCGACCCCACUGCCAUCUUGUGAACUGGCAUAUACCAAAGCACCUCGGCCUUCUUUUAUGCACUGGCCCUCCCCUCCUACUUUAUAACUUCAGUGCCAAUGCUUGCACCAUUUACACUGUCUACAGUACAUCUGAAUCUGGUUGGUAAUGGCAUUAAGACUUCAUUUUGUGUUUCUGCAUCUCUCUCCUGUUUUAUUAUUCAUCUGUCCUUGUCUCAUUGAUGUUUAACCACAGUGUCACCUUCUCUCUGAUCAGAGCUUUAACUCCAGAGGAGAAUCCCCUAAACAACUGUAUCUGUUUACAUUCUGGUUUAUAUAGUUAUUUAUGUGCAACAAUGUCCAAAAAAAUUGUAAAUUAUGAUAUAAAUGUUCACUGCUCUAAUCUGAA